UUUUCCUAAACUCCAGGCAGCCUCAGGGCGCUGCUGAGGAAUGGCUGUCUGCAGAUUUCUAAAGGCCAGACAAGUAGCAGGGCUCCAAGAACUUGACAGCAGAAGCGGACACAAGACAGUACCACCAAACCGUACAGGGACUAGCGUACGCCGCUGCGCGCUUGACGGCUUAUUUGCGACAGUUGCCGUGGCUGCCGUAAAGCGAGGCCUCCGCCGCAGCCCUAGAGUUAGAAGUAUCUGUGGUCACAGAAAACAAGAUUCUGUUUCAUGAAGAAGAUGAAAACAACUGGGUUACUAUUAAAAACCACCCAAGAGCAACCACAGACCAAUGAGUAGAAUCAAUAAGAACGUGGUCUUGGCCCUUUUGACACUGACAAGUUCUGCAUUUCUGCUGUUUCAGCUGUACUACUACAAGCACUAUUUGUUGGCAAGGAAUGGAACAGGUUCUUCAAAAUCCAAAGGAAAUCGAGUUGGAUUUGAUAGCACACAGUGGCGUGCAGUUAAGAAAUUUAUUAUGCUGACAUCCAGCCAAAAUGUGCCAGUGUUUCUCAUUGACCCUUGGAUUCUGGAGUCAAUUAAUAAAAACUUCGAACAAGUGAAAAAUACUUCUCAAGGCUUGGCUUCAGAAUGCAGAUUUUUCUGUGUCCCAAGAGACUUUACUGCAUUUGCACUGCAGUAUCACCUGUGGAAGAAUGAGGAUGGCUGGUUUCGGAUAGCUGAGAAUAUGGGGUUUCAAUGCCUAAAGAUUGAAAGCAAAGAUCCUCGGUUAGAUGGAAUAGACUCACUUUCUGGAACUGAAAUUCCUCUGCACUAUGUCUGUAAGCUGGCCACUCAUGCCAUCCACUUGGUAGUCUUUCAUGAGAGAAGUGGCAACUACCUCUGGCAUGGCCACCUGCGACUCAAAGGACACAUGGAUAGGAAGUUCGUUCCUUUUCGAAAGUUACAAUUUGGUCGUUAUCCUGGAGCCUUUGACAGGCCAGAGUUACAGCAAGUUACUGUUGAUGGAUUAGAUAUGCUUAUUCCAAAAGACCCAGGGCGCUUUCUAGAAGAAGUACCUCGCUCUAGAUUUAUCGAGUGCAGGUAUAAAGAAGCUCGGGCAUUCCUUCAGCAAUAUGUUGAUGAUAACACUGUGGAUGCUAUGGCCUUUCGGAAGAGGGCAAAGGAGUUACUGCAACUAGCAGCCAAGACACUGAAGGAAUUGGGAGUGCCCUUCUGGCUGAGCAGUGGGACUUGUCUAGGAUGGUAUCGGCAGUGCAGUAUUAUUCCAUAUAGCAAAGAUGUUGACCUAGGAAUUUUUAUACAAGAUUACAAACCUGAUAUUAUUUUGGCAUUUCAGGAUGCAGGACUUCCACUCAAACACAAGUUUGGGAAGGUGGAAGACAGCUUGGAGCUUUCCUUCCAGGGAAAAGAUGACGUAAAACUUGAUAUUUUUUUCUUCUAUGAAGAGACUGACCAUAUGUGGAAUGGAGGCACACAGGCCAGAACAGGAAAGAAGUUUAAGUAUCUGUUUCCCAAGUUUACACUGUGCUGGACUGAGUUUGUAGACAUAAAAGUCCAUGUUCCCUGUGAAACAGUUGACUACAUUGAAGCCAACUAUGGUAAGACCUGGAAGAUUCCUGUCAAGACAUGGGACUGGAAGAGCUCACCCCCGAAUGUACAGCCCAAUGGGAUCUGGCCCAUUUCUGAGUGGGAUGAGGUUAUCCAGUUGUACUGAGAACACUAAGCUCAGGUGGGACAUUUCCCAGAAGAAAGAAGGCGGGUAACUGUUUAAAGCACUACAGUUUUUUUGCCUGAUGUGAGAGCCAAAGAAGAGAAAUGACAAGUUGGAAGACAGAAAAGGUUUUCUGACUCAUGGGCCAUCUAAUCAGUUCUGCCAUUCAGCAUUUACUGAGGAGUUUAUAUACCAAGUGAAAUAUUAGGAUCUGGUAAACAGGCAGAGAUGAGUGAGCAAAUGCCAGCCUCUCUCUUGUCCUGUUGAUAAGCACUGCAGUUUUCUUUUGAGGAAAACUUAAUUCACCCUCUGAAGAGCUGGUGUACAAUAUGAUGUAUUCCAUAAUGAUUUUUACAAUGUUAAUUAAUGUUUAUACCAGAAAGUGAGCUCAUCAGACGAAGCUUACAAAGGAUUAGUUAAGAAUAAUUCAUUCCUGUCUGUCCUCAAGAUUUAAGCUGCUGUGUUGGUGCUGCUUUUAAGGUUGUGGAAUAUGAGUUCAUAUUCCAGUGAUUAGACUUUGUCUCACAGAAAAAAGAUGGUGGUGAACUCCUUUUACAAGCAGUGCGAUACACAGUUGGCUUCAAGUGCUGGGUGUUCAGUAAGGGAAGAUGAGAACCCAUAUCAGCUCUUGUCAAGACAUACACUGUUUUCAUAUUUGAAGUGAACAAUGGAUGCUUAGAUGAUGCUUGAAUCUCUGGCAUCAUAGGAAUAUUUUCACUGACCUGUAGUAGUACUUGCUGAUAAAUAAUUCAUGCUAUCCGAAAGUUGUAACAUCUCAAAGCUUACGUUCCUUAUUUCAUUUUCAGUCACUCUUAGAUUUAAAAAUGGAAAUUAUUCAUGAAUAUUUUUAUAUUUUAUGAAUGUGUUAGUUUUCUGCCCUUAAUUUUAAUAUUGACACUAAAUGCUAGUAGAUAUACUUCUGAAUUUUUUAAAGACUCCCUUUAUUUAUCUAUCAACCAUAGCUCCAUAUGCUUAAUUUAUGGCCUACACACUAAUUUAUUUAGCAUAAAGAUAUGAUUGUUCUUCUAUUCCAAUAUUACUUCAAGUUUCUAAAAUGGAGGGUUACCGUGAACUAGAAACUAUUCCUUUUUCCAGAUCACAGUCUCUAAAGCCUGUGUCCAUCUCUAGAUUUUCAUUCUGCUGAGUGUAAAAGGGCAAGGACUUCCUACUGCCAAGGACUGCACAUGUGGGACCCCUUGACUUACACCCUUGAGGAGGUUGGGGUGGCUGCACUUAAGGCAUGCACUCUCAGUGAGAGAUGCAGGGAGUCUGACAACGAAUGCCUGUCUUCCUAGCCUGGGACAGGAGGGUCUCUACUCCCUGCUGCUUAGGGGUGUGCUUCCUGGCAGCCUUGCAGAUCUCCCUCUGAAAGUGUAGUUACUAAAAUGGAAACCAGAAUAUCUGAGAGAAUGGGCUAGCAGAAAGGAAAAAAAGAAAGAAAAAGAAAAACUGGGAGAAGUAACUUGAAGCCACCUGCUUCCAAAUUUUAACUUCACCAUGAAAACUCUUUUUGUUGGAUGACAGGCAACCAUCUGUCAGGAUGCGUCUCCAUGUAGGAGUAUUGUCAAGAUUGUUAUAAUUAUUAGCAAACUUGUACCCUAAUGGCAGAUCAUAAAUCAGUUCUUUCCUAGAAAAUAAGUCCAGAGAAUAUGUACCCAAGUUUUAGAUUGCCAACCCUAUGUAUUUUUAUACACCAAAACAAAACAGAACAGCUAAUGGUGUUCUUGAGGACAAACCCACCUAUCUGGAGAGGAUCAUUUGCUUGAACUCAAUAUCCAGAAGUAAGUAUGUUUACAUCAUGUUCCUUGAAAGCUCCCACCUUCUGCCAGGAGAUCUUACCCACCCCUGUUCAAGUUACUUCUCUCCUAUCUGUCCUUGGAAUGCAAGGUCUGCGAGUAUCCAGAAUACAAACUCUCUUGGUCCUAUGCAGAGGUUCUGUGGUCUUCCCUCCAUUACGUGUCUUCCCUUUGGUUUGGCUUUAGGUUUUAGGUUCUGCCCUACCUUGGAGAAAAUUUCUCAGAAUUUGCAGGUGAGGAUUGCCUCUGAAAAUGACUCUGCGAUUCAGUCAUACCGAAGCCAGUGCUUCUUAACCGUUGAACUCUGCUGAGUGUCUGGAGACCUUGGGUCAGGUGUGCCCACCACCUGACCCUUUUCAGCUGACACUUUUCUUCCCUCCCUGAAUAUGCUGUUAUUCUCCUAAUAUGACUACUUUCUGGUCCAUUUGCCUGGUUUGCUUGAAGAUACCUUUUAUAUUAACUUGUUGGUAGUUAUGUUGCCAAGGAUAUUUCCAGAGAGACCCUGAGAAGCAGAUGCUUUCUCAGUUUACAACAGCCAGCUACUUUCCUAAGCAUGGAGGACUUGCCCUGCUCUUGGCUACAGUUAGUGACAUUGGCCACUGAGAUUAAAUAAUAGUAACUAGAACUGGACAUCCCUAAGAGUAGCUGAGAUCAGUUCUUAGUGUGGCCUCCAUGACACUUCAGUGCUUGAUGAGUUCUCCAGGGCCUCAGUGGCAUGUGUUCCUGCCAUUCCCCAUGGAAGGCCUGAGGUGACAAAGAAUGCUGAGGAGGGAUAGUUCUUCUUGUCCAGAAUUCUCAGGCUACCUUCUUACCUUUAUUGGAUGGUGGGGGGUAGGGAAUCAAGGGAGGGGAAGCCUUAUCUACAAAAAAAUAGACCAGUUUAUGGCUGAAGAUAUCACCUGUGCUUUCUGACUCUUGAGAUGUCUAAAGGACUAAAUGAGACAUGAGUGCUUCCAUUCAGGCCCAGGGUUAAGUAAGUUCUCAUGAGAUGUGCCAUUUUCUAGUUCACUAUGAGUUUGAUCCCUGGGACCCAAGUAGUGGAAGGAGAGAACCUCAAAUUGCCUGUCACUCAAUACGCAGGCAGCAAUGUGCUCAGAACUCCUCUCUAGCAUGAGAGGACAGCACACACAUACACUAAAUAAAUGUAAUGAAAAGUUGUUAUUGUAGUUAAGCAUUAUAGGUCAAAUUAUGUGAUUUAUGAAUUCAGAGCCAUUGCCAUAUUACAUCUACCUGAAACAGCUGGUUCUCAUUUAGUUGACCAAGUUGCUGUCUUCUAAUAUUAUCCCAUACUGUUUCCUUUUAAGCCCAGUCAGAUUACUCUUAAAUUUUGUGCCUAGUCUAUAUGGACUUGAUUUUCCAUAUUCUAGCUUUGGGCAGCAAAUAUCACUAUAUAUAAUGAUCUGGGAAACCAAAGAUUUUGGAAUGCUUAGCUAACUGCCUACUCUGUGUAGAAUUAGUGGUAGUCUAAUUGCCCAGUGUGAGUGAGGUCUGGAUUCAGUACAAAGAACCAGAAGUCUGAGACAGAAGACUUAACCACAUGCUCAAGGCCGUCUUGGGCUGCCUAGUGAGUACCAGCCUAUCCUGGGCUACAGUGUAAGACCCUGUAUUGAGGGAGGUCAGAGGGAAGAGAAAGAGAGACAAGAGACCAAGAGAAUGAGAAUAUACUCCUGUCAAUCAUCUGCCCACAGAUUUAUGUUUUUAUUAUCUAAGCUAGGCAAAAGUCACCAGGUUAUGUAAUGCUGUUUUAAGUAGUUAAUUGUAGGCAAACAGAUCAAUUUGAUGUUGAUGCCUUUUGUAUAGGACAAAUAGGCAAAUAUAAAUUUUCUGAGGAAUUUGUUUCCGAAUCCUCAGAACACCUGGGCUAAAAUUUGCUCCUAUAAUUCCUGGACCUAACCUAAUAGAGAUUGUCUGAGGGCCCAUUUAGUCAUCUAGACUUCUGUCUACUUAUGAGUAGCUUUCACAGAAAGGCAAUGGAUUGGAAAGCGUUUGUCAUAUAAAGUAUUCUGUCAUGCACUUUAAAAAUUAUAAGCUUGUACAACCUUAUGACAGUUUAUUCUAAGCAUGAAAAUGUUCAUGAGUUUGUUAAAUGUAGAUCUGUCAACCUAUGACAUAUGACUAUGGCACAUAUAUGUGAAUUUUUUAGACAAAGUUGUUUUAAACAUGAGAUUUCAGUAUAUGCUUACCAGUUUAAUAUUUGGUUUUAUCUUCAGGUAUAGUUUAUGGUACUACUGAAAAUAGUUUUAAUAUUAUUACUCUGAUCUGAAUUUGUAAUAUACAAUCUACUUUGGGAUACUUAAUAAAAUUUUUUAAUCUCUUG